UGUCGCUGUAACUUGACCCAUGUCUCUGAGAAAGGAAAAAGAGCUUCUUUGGAAAACGAAAGAACCUACACAGUGGACCUCCAGCUCCACCCAGGAGGACAGAUGACAAUGCAGGGUUUGAGUGGCCACAGGAAGACUUUCAGGAUGACGACGAGGAGGACGACGGUGACACGUAUGAAGCGCCCCCCCUGUGAGCGCCACACUGUGAAGGCCCCACAGAGAGAAGUGGAGGAGAAUGUCUAUCUGGAGAGGCAGCCCAAGCCUACGCCUCCACAGAGGCCGGCUGCUCUCCCGCCACGGCCGACCAAUACCUCGAAACCCCAACAACGUGCUGAAGAUUUCUCCUCGGAUCCCAAGACCAAGAAAGCACCUGAGAUCAACCGAACUGAGAAACCCGGGAGGAAGGUGAUGAUGCCCCCCUCACCGGUCCGCUCUGCUCCGGUUCCAGAGCCUGCGUCCAACACCGAGGAAGAUGUGUAUCUGGAUCCAAAUGAAGAACAGGAGGACAGCGAUGACGUGUAUUUGGAACCCACAGCUGCUUGCACCCCCGCCCCUCGCGCACCGAUCAGGAUGCCUCCGUCUCCCAACACGGGCCUCGUACCUUCCCCCAUAUCCGUCUGCAGGAUGAAGCCGCCGGUUCCCAGAGCUCAGUCUAAUUCCCACUUUCCUUCCUCGAACGAGUUAAAAACGGCGUCUUCAGUCGAGGCGAGACGCGCCACGUUUCCCGCCAAACUCCCCCCACCGCCCCCAGAAGCUAAGAUUGCCGUCUUCACUUCGAGUAACCCCAAAACAUUGCACGGUUCAAAUGACGGGCUUUCCAUCUUUUUCGAAGCCUCCUCUGGUGGUAUGAAGGCCACCAAACAAUGCGGGAUCGAGGACAAAGAGUGGUUUGCUGGGGCUUGCAACAGGAAGACGGCCAUUGAUCUCUUGAUGAGGCUCAACAAGGACGGCACCUUUCUCAUACGACACAGCUCAGUCCAGGGCGACCGCCAGCCGUACACCCUCGCCGUGCUCUACCAGCAGAAGGUGUACAACAUACCCAUCCGCUUCCUGGGGGAGACCCGAGGUUACGCCCUCGGAAAGGAGGGCAAGAAGAACGAAGAGGUUUUCAGCACCCUCGACGAGAUGAUUUCCCACCACAACAAUAACCAGCUGCUUCUGAUCGACAGCACGAGCCAGGCCAAGCGCACCACGUACCUGACGUAUCCCGCACGCCCUUAA